AUGGUUGGGCACUUUAAGAAAAGUUUCCAUCAGGCAAAGAAAGAUAAGCAGAAGCUGGAAGCAAAGCCCGUACUUGCUCAGAUAUUUGUUAUCACCCAAGCUGAUGCUGCAGCCAGUCCUUCUAUGGUGAGAGGUCAGCUUCUUAUCAACAACUCCCAUUUUAAUGUACUAUUUGACUUUAGGACUAUACACUCGUAUGUGGUAUCGAGAGUAAUUAAUCUUUUGGGUAGGCCUUAUGAUCUUCUUGAAAGAGGAUUCGGAACCCUAAUGCCUAGCGGGAAGUUGGUUAUGCCAAUUAGGAUCGAAGAUAGGGAGUUGAGAGCUGACCUUAUAGAACUGAAAUUAACGGAGUUUGAUAUUAUACUUGGGAUGGAUUUUCUGUCCAAGCAUUUGGCCAAUAUUGAUUAUAAGCAGAAAAUGAUGACUUUUUAG